UAGACUAGUUGUUGUGUUGUGGUUGUGAGUCCCUUUGCGUUGAAUUGUUGAAUAGCUUUGGUGGCUGUCUUUCUUUGCUAUUUUGUUCUGAGUUGUAAAGUAGUAAGGUGUAGAUUUUUAAAAACUUUGUCUCAAGAUGGCAUCACCUUUGGAAGAUUUGGAAUCUAAACUAGAACUUUUUAUUGAAAAUGUCCGCCAGAUAAGAAUCAUCGUUGCAGAUUUUCAGCCACAGGGUCAGAAUGUUCUCAACCAAAAAAUACAAUCCUUGGUUUAUGGACUGCAAGAAGUUGAUAAACUAAAAAAUCAGGUCCAGGAAGUUCACGUGCCUCUAGAAGUUUUUGACUACAUUGAUAAUGGGCGCAAUCCACAGCUGUACACAAAGGACUGCAUUGAGAAGGCCCUCACUAAAAAUGAGCAGGUCAAAGGGAAGAUCGAUGCUUAUCGCAAGUUCAAGGCUCAUAUGAUGGUCGAACUCAACACUGUGUUCCCUAACGAGCUGGCCAAGUACCGAGCAAUCAGAGGAGAUGAGCGACCAAUGCAGUAAUCUCUCUUGUCUUUCCCUUAACAGUAAUGUGUUGUGAAUAAGUGGAAAAUGUAUGUAAAUAGGUAUACAGCAAGUGUGAAUACAACUUACCUGUCCAAAAACUUACUUUAAUUAAUGUUUUAUAUCAGUGUACAAUAAAAGUAUUACUUGUGUUUGUAAUAA